UCAUCCUCAUCUUUUCAUCUUCCGCUGACUUUUUUCUUGCUUUUACUUUUUUCUAGUCACUUUCCCUUGCAUCGCAUCCAGCAAAACAUUUAUCCUCUUUUUUGCUCUCCAUCACUCAGUGUUAUGUACACUUGUCAUUUCAUCUGCUCAUUUUCCUCUUUCGCAUCCUUAUCACCAUCAACUUGAUUCUACUCGUUUUUUCUGCACCAACAUUACUCUUCCUACACUCAUCUUGACUCUGUGAAAAUCUCAUAGGAUAACAGUGAGAAAAAGUGAUACAAGUCACUAACUUUUUUCUGUACUCAUCAGUUUUCCAUUCUCUUUGGUAUCAUCAUCAUUAUCAUCAUUUUUGUGCAUCCUUUAACAUCACUUUUCCACAUGUUUUGAUGUCCUUCAUGUAUCCAUUGGCAUCAUUUUCCCUCCAAAAAGAGAAAUGAAUCAUCUUGAAUCACAAAUUGCAAUUUAAUUUGAUCAACAGAUUUUCUGGUUCUUUUACCAACUUUCAAUUGAAACUUUCAAGGGAAAAAGGAUUUAAUUGAGAUACAAGUUGUUAAUCAUUUUCAACCUUAAUCAUGGUUCCUCAACGAGAAUUUGGAACCUUAUCUAGUGAAUCAUUUUUAAUCUCGUUAGUUGAAAGGAUUGAUAAACUUUUACUCCAUGAUGGCUUUCGAACCAAGAAAAUGUCUCAAGAAGUUAAAUCAUUGGAAUUUUGGAGAAGCUUAAUUGCAGAAUGUUUAUCAACCUUUUUCUAUGUGUUUCUUGUUUGUGCAGUCAACAUUUCAUGGACAGGCUCAUUGAUUGGCCAUACACCCAAUUGGAUUGUAAUGUCACUCACAAGUGGCCUAGCCAUGGCCAUACUUACCCAGUGUUUUGGUCACAUUUCGGGUUCUCACGUUAACCCAGCAGUCACUUGUGCUUUCCUUGUAACCCGUAAUAUAACACCAUUGAGGUCAAUACUUUACAUUAUCGCUCAGUCAGGAGGAGCCAUUGCUGGUGCAGCUCUGCUUUAUGGUGUUUCGAUUCCUGGACAUCAAGGAGCACUUGGCAUUGCACUGGCCCAUGAAGCUCUAGGAGCUGGUCAAAUAUUUGGAGUCGAAUUUGUUCUCACCUUUCUCAUUGUGUUUACCAUUUUCGCCACUUUGGACAUUAACCGUAAAUCAAUGGGCAACGAUUCAAUUACCAUUGGCUCAGCUUACAUGGUUUGCUCAUUGACUGGGUUGCCUGCAAGUGGAGCCUCUUUCAAUCCUGCUAGAGCUCUGGGACCAGCAUUUGUUAUGAACAAGUGGAAACAUCAUUGGGUCUACUGGAUUGCACCGAUAACAGGCUCAAUGCUGGCUGGAUUAAUAUAUGAAUUUAUAUUUGACUCAAGAAAGAGCAAAACUCUGCGAGAUGUCAUCGAUGACAUUGACAAAGAUUGCAAUGACGACCAUUAUGAUGAGCCCGAAGUCAAGAUGACCAAUAAAACCAUCAUGGGUUUCCCUUUGAGUGCAAGUUCCCAUUCAAAUUCCGGAAGCAGUUCAAGUUCAACUCAUCAAUCAAAUACAACUGGUUACUCAAGCAUAAAUAGCAAUCCUCAUCACCAUACUUUGACCCAUCAUCAACACCAUCCAGGACUACCUCAAUACCCAACCUCGGGUCUAAACAGUUCACCAGGAAACAGCUUUCAACACACCGUGUUGACUCAUGACGGUCUCUACCCAGCCAAUCAAACUGUAACCCUUCAUCCUCACAGCAACCUAACGAGUGUCAUCACAGGCACAAACAAUAUCAAUAAUAAUAAUCAUAAUAGCAAUAGUAAUAAUAAUAAUAAUAAUAGUAAUAUAAAUACCUCAACCAAUUCAAAUAAUCAUCAUGCUCAUAAUAGCAUUAUGAAUAGCACUAAUAACCAUGUGACUCCAUUGUUGUCAUCUUCAUCUUCCUCUUCUUCACCAUCAGCAGCCUCUGCGCCGUCCAAUUAUCAUCAAUUCAACGCAUCUUAUGCUGGAAUUUAUGGAACUCGAAAUUCAACAUUGCGCCAUUUAUCAAACAGAAUGGAUUACAAUAAUGUACGAAAUGAGAUAACACCAAAUAAUAUCAGUCAACCUGGAAAAUAUUAAACUCAUGAAGAGAGUUCAAUGAUAAUGAUAUCUAAAAUUGUCAUUAUGAUUACGUUUAAUUAUAUUCAUGACAAUGAAUUUGCGGCUCUUUAUGUUCAUCUUUUUCCUCUUUCAGUUCAACUCUUUAUCAUCAUUAAUCCAUUCAUCUCACCGUUAACCUGGACAACAUUGAAUGGCAUGUAAAUUGAAGGGAAAUGAAAAUGUCAAUAUCAAUAGCUGAGCGUAAUGAGAGUCUUUGUAUUCAACUUUUUUGAUCAAUUGUAUAUUGUAAUGAGCAAUUAUUAUUGUUGAAGGAAAACAAAUGAGUAAAGAGACAAUUCUGUGUAUAUAUUAUAUUGAUAUAUUUAUACCUCGUGUUAGUUAUUCAAUGACAUGAUGCAAAGAAAUAAAAUAAAAUUGAUUUGAAAUUUCAUUCAUUUCUUUUCUUGCACUAAUGUGCUCGGAUUUGGUGAAUAAUACCAUCUGAUCUAAAAUAAUGAUUAAGUUGAUUGGUGUGUUGUUUGCGAGCAAGAAACAAGAAUCUAUUCGAAUGUUUGCACAGUUUCGCAAGUUUUCAAUACCCAAGUGCUUUAAAAUUAUAGAAUGUCUAUUUACACUUAUUUUGACAAAAGGCCAAAAAAUUCUUGUGUAAGAAAAUAGUUGAUCUUCUUGAUUAUUCUGCCAAUAAAAACUUUUUCUUGGACAUUUAUAACUAUUUUCGAUGAGCCACUUCAUGACAUAAUUUUUUCAAUAAAGAACAGUAGUAUAGAAACAUACGCUUCUGUGGCACAGACCGGAAAUGGAAACUACUUCCGGUUCAUUAACCCCCCUGAACACCAUCUUUCGACGACUUAAUUUAACCUUGAAUUCUGUUUCAUUAACCCCUCUGAACACCAUCUUUCAACGGCUUAAUUUGAAUUUGAAAACACCAUAACGGCUGAAUAACGGCUGACUUUUACCGGCUUAACAUUGAAUCAAUGCAGGGGCCCGAGCUGAGCUUCCGUUUUCACAUUAUGUCUAUUUUAACCCAGGAAAUUCUUGAAUAACAGAAGGGGAAUGGCUAUAUUCCCCUUUUGGAAUGCUUCUAAAAGUAUAAAAGCUGUCAGAGAAUGUUAAUUAUCUUCAAUAUGAUGAUGAAUGAACUAGUUUAUGUCUUUUUUGUUUUAAUUGCUUCAUUUAUCAUCUUGAUCUUUAAAAAGCAUUACAACAUUGUUUACAAUGAAAGUUGUUAAUAUUGUAACAUUAUGGGACCUUGGUGAGAAGGUCAAAUUAACGAAAAGGUUAUCAAAAUUUAAUGCUGAUGUUAUCAAAGACGGUAGCAAUUGUCUCUUAAUAUUUGAGUCUGGUGAGAUAAUCGCGACUGGUUUCCAAAGAAUGAUUGAUGUAAAAAGAUUCAUCAAAUGCAGCAUAAAGCAUCAAUUUUGAUCUUCCAAUUCGCUUCAGAAGAGGUGACAGUACAAUAACUCUUAAUUCUUCGCCCUUUUCUCUCUCUAGUUUGAGCAGCAACUGAUUUAUAUACUCCUGAUCUAGAUCUCCUGGUGCAUAUCCCAGAGCAGGAAGGAACAGGAUCGACAGUGGUGUUCGAAGUUGAGGUUGUGGAUUCAGCUGGUAGUGGUUAUUCUUCUAUGGGGGUUAAAGGAGUAGGCUCUGUUGGGACAACUGAUGAUGAAUCUUCAGUGAAAGGUAAGGAAACAGGGGCAGGCUCAACAAAAGGCAUAUGGAUUUCACUCUGCGAAAUCGGGUCACCAAUUUGAGAUUCAUCUGAAGAUGAAUCUUCCUCUAAGAAUUGAAAAAGAUUGAACUUCAUUUCAUGGUUUACAUGUCACAAAAAGAAUUAAAUGCACUUAAAUGAUGACUUGACAAUAUGAAACAGCUGUUUAAGUGUUGUCAAGCAACAAAAAAGAAGAUUUAAAAUGCGCAAAAUUUAAUUUUCUGAAUGAAUAAAAGUUAUAUGAAGAAUUCAGAUGAUGACAUUGUAUCAUUUUUCAUGAUUUCUCAUUUAAAAUAGGUUAAAAUAGACAUAAUGUGAAAACGGAAGCUCAGCUCGGGCCCCUGCAUUGAUUCAAUGUUAAGCCGGUAAAAGUCAGCCGUUAUUCAGCCGUUAUGGUGUUUUCAAAUUCAAAUUAAGCCGUUGAAAGAUGGUGUUCAGAGGGGUUAAUGAAACAGAAUUCAAGGUUAAAUUAAGACGUUGAAAGAUGGUGUUCAGGAGUUUAAUGAACUAGGAUUCAAGGUCAAAUUAAGACGUUGAAAGAUGGUGUUCAGGGGGCUUAAUGAACCGGAAGUAGUUUCCAUUUCCGGUCUGUGCCACAGAAGCGUAUGUUUCCAUACUACUAAGAACCAUUCAAUGGUUUUAGCCUAUCAUUUUUAGUACAACGUAUUUUAGCCAAUCAGGGAAACAAUCAAGUCCACUCUAAUCUAAUGUACGUAUGCUGAAAGCGGCAACUGACCAAGCAUAUCGAUGCUGGAUCACUCAAAAGGAUAAGAUUAAGUUUAAAUUGAAGAGGAACUUUGAGCUUGAGAAGACUCUGUUUAUUAGCUUCACGAACGGCUCGUUUUGUAGUAUAGCCAUUG